ACACCUCCACUUCCAUUUAAACCUGUGUGUGUCCUAUGUGGGCUCCGAGUUGUCAGCAAUUCGCUGCCACUAGAACCUUCUCCUCACCCUCAUCCUGAUGGGCAUGAGACAGGGUUUUGGCUGUUGAUCUCCAAGCCCUGUUAACUAAACCCCUCUCAGUUAACUAAAACCAAUUCACUCCUGUAUUCUGCCCUUCCAGCCUCCUUGUUUCCUCACUUCUUUCUUUUCCCUGGAGUGGCCGACAAUGCCCACCAUGGUCAACGUGGACGCCCUUCCGGAAUAUGAGAAGAGUCAGAUCAAGAGAGCCCUGGAGCUGGGCACAGUGAUGACCGUCUUCAGCUUCCGCAAGUCCACCCCGGAGCGGAGGACCGUCCAGGUGAUCAUGGAGACGCGGCAGGUGGCCUGGAGUAAGACGGCUGACAAAAUCGAGGGCUUCUUGGAUAUCAUGGAAAUAAAGGAAAUCCGCCCAGGGAAGAACUCCAAGGAUUUUGAGCGUGCAAAGGCAGUCCGCCAGAAGGAAGACUGCUGUUUUACCAUCUUGUAUGGCAACCAGUUCAUCCUCAGCACACUCAGUUUAGCAGCUGACUCUAAGGAAGAUGCAACUAAGUGGCUCUCCGGCUUGAAAAUCUUACACCAGGAAGUGAUGAGCGCGUCGACACCUACCAUUAUCGAGAGUUGGCUGAGAAAGCAGAUCUAUUCUGUGGAUCAAACCAGGAGAAACAGCAUCAGCCUCCGAGAGUUGAAGACUGUCUUGCCUAUGGUCAACUUCAAAAUGAGCAGUGCCAAGUUCCUCAAAGAUAAGUUUGUGGAAAUUGGCGCGCACAAAGAUGAACUCAGCUUUGAACAGUUCCAUCUCUUCUAUAAAAAACUUAUGUUUGACCAGCAAAAAUCGAUUCUUGAUGAAUUCAAGAAAGAUUCCUCUGUGUUCAUCUUGGGCAACACUGACCGGCCGGAUGCCUCUGCCGUUCACCUGCACGACUUCCAGCGGUUUCUCUUACAUGAACAGCAGGAGCUUUGGGCUCAGGAUCUGAACAAAGUCCGGGAGCGAAUGACAAAAUUUAUCGACGACACGAUGAGGGAGACUGCCGAGCCUUUUCUGUUUAUCGAUGAGUUCCUCAUGUAUCUGUUUUCACGGGAGAACAGCAUUUGGGAUGAAAAAUAUGAUGUGGUGGACAUGCAGGACAUGAACAACCCCUUGUCUCAUUACUGGAUCUCCUCAUCACAUAACACGUACCUCACAGGUGACCAGCUGCGGAGUGAGUCAUCCCCAGAAGCAUACAUCCGCUGUCUGCGCAUGGGCUGUCGCUGCAUUGAACUGGACUGCUGGGAUGGGCCGGAUGGGAAGCCCAUCAUCUACCACGGCUGGACACGGACCACAAAGAUCAAGUUUGAUGACGUCGUGCAAGCCAUCAAAGACCAUGCCUUUGUGACCUCGAGCUUCCCGGUGAUCCUGUCCAUUGAGGAGCACUGUAGCGUGGAACAGCAGCGCUACAUGGCCAGAGUGUUCAAAGAGGUGUUCGGCGACUUGCUGCUGAUGAGGCCCACGGAGGCCAGUGCUGACCAGCUGCCCUCACCCAGCCAGCUGCGGGAGAAGAUCAUCAUCAAGCAUAAGAAGCUGGGCCCCCGAGGUGACAUAGAUGUCAAUAUGGAGGACAAGAAGGAUGAGCACAAGCAGCAGGGUGAACUGUACAUGUGGGAUGCCAUCGACCAGAAAUGGACUCGGCACUACUGCGCCAUUGCGGAUGCCAAGCUGUCCUUCAGCGAUGACAUUGAACAGACUAUGGAAGACGAACUGCCCCAGGAUACCCCUCCCACAGAGCUGCAUUUUGGAGAGAAGUGGUUCCAUAAGAAGGUGGAGAAGAGGAUAAGUGCUGAGAAGCUGCUGCAGGAAUACUGCAACGAAACGGGGGGCAAGGAUGGGACCUUCUUGGUGCGGGAGAGCGAGAGGUUCCCCAAUGACUACACCCUGUCCUUCUGGCGGUCCAACCGGGUUCAGCACUGCCGGAUCCGCUCCACCAUGGAGGGCGGGAUCAUGAAGUACUACCUGACUGACAACCUCAUGUUCACCAGCAUCUAUGCCCUCAUCCAGCACUACCGUGAGACACACCUGCGCUGUGCCGACUUCGAGCUCCGGCUCACUGACCCUGUGCCCAACCCCAACCCCCAUGAAUCAAAGCCGUGGUACUACGAUGGGCUGAGCCGUGGAGAAGCGGAGGACAUGCUGAUGAGGGUUCCCCGGGAUGGGGCCUUUCUCAUCCGGAAACGGGAAGGUAGCGACUCCUACGCCAUCACCUUCAGGGCCAGGGGCAAGGUGAAGCACUGUCGCAUCAACCGGGAUGGCCGGCACUUUGUGCUGGGGACCUCCGCCUACUUCGAGAGUCUGGUGGAGCUCGUCAGUUACUACGAGAAGCACGCGCUCUACCGAAAGAUGAGACUGCGCUACCCCGUGACCCCUGAGCUCCUGGAACGCUACAAUAUGGAAAGAGAUAUAAACUCCCUGUAUGACGUCAGCAGAAUGUAUGUGGAUCCCAGUGAAAUCAGCCCUUCUAUGCCUCAGAGAACCGUGAAAGCUCUGUAUGACUACAAAGCCAAGCAGAGUGAUGAGCUGAGCUUCUGCCGUGGUGCCCUCAUUCACAACGUCUCCAAGGAGCCCGGGGGCUGGUGGAAAGGAGACUAUGGAACCAGAAUCCAACAGUACUUCCCGUCGAAUUACGUCGAGGACAUUUCCACAGUUGACGUGGAGGAGCUGGAGAAACAGAUUAUUGAAGACAGUCCUUUAGGGAGUCUUUGCAGAGGAAUACUGGAUCUCAACACCUAUAACGUUGUACUGAAACUAAAGAUGGUUGGCCCCAAACAGGAAAACAACAUGAAGUACUGGGAGAAGAACCAGUCCAUCGCCAUCGAACUCUCGGACCUGGUCGUCUACUGCAAACCAACCAGCAAGACCAAGGACAAUUUAGAAAACCCUGACUUCCGAGAAAUCCGCUCCUUUGUGGAGACGAAGGCUGACAGCGUCGUCAGACAGAAACCCAUCGAGCUCCUGAAGUACAAUCAAAAGGGCCUGACCCGCGUGUACCCGAAGGGACAGAGGGUGGACUCCUCCAACUACGAUCCCUUCCGCCUCUGGCUCUGCGGCUCCCAAAUGGUGGCGCUCAAUUUCCAGACUGCAGAUAAAUACAUGCAGAUGAACCAGGCCCUGUUUUCACUUAAUGGGCGGACGGGCUACGUCCUACAGCCUGAGAGCAUGAGGAAUGAGAAAUACGACCCCAUGCCGCCCGAGUCCCAGAGAAAGAUCCUGAUGACUCUGACGGUCAAGGUAAGCCCCCCUCUCCUCCUCCCAGGGAGUCAGGGCUGUGUGGCAUUGGGAGGGUGCAUGCCUGUACCUAGUGAUGAUACCUGUCGUCUUGUUUACACCAUCCUCCAGGGUCAUUUUAGAGGGGAAAGGGAGGGGGAGAGAGAUUUAAAGCUGAUGAAUAUAGAGAUGGUUUUUCCAGGAGUGGGGUGGGCAGGACAAAUGGGGCCUCUAAUAAGCUUUGAUCACCUUCCAGACGACAAUGGCCUAAGCCCAGUUUGGGCUCCAACACAGGAGAAGGUGACAUUUGAAAUUUAUGACCCAAACCUCGCAUUUCUGCGCUUUGUGGUGUAUGAGGAAGAUAUGUUCAGCGAUCCCAACUUUCUGGCUCAUGCUACUUACCCCAUUAAAGGCAUCAAAUCAGGAUUUAGAUCUGUUCCUCUGAAGAACGGGUACAGCGAAGACAUUGAGCUGGCUUCCCUCCUGGUUUUCUGUGAGAUGCGGCCAGUCCUGGUGAGUGGAGAAACGUGUUGGGGUUCCCUGAGAUUUAUCAGCUGGUGGGGGUGGAAGUGGCCCAUGAGUAUAGUUGACUGAUGGACUUACACCCAUCGAGAAUUAUCUAGCCAGACGUGCCACAUCAUUACAGAAGAAUUCCUUUCAGCUACAGAUUUCUCCAGAGGUCCUAGGGUGUUCCUCCCAGCAUCCAUCCUUCUUGGAGAAUGCGGUAUGAUUCUAUGGGUAGGCCAAGUACUUGCAAAGAAGUUCCUCCCAGUUGCAUUUUAGCAAAAGCUAGGCAAGACAAUGCUCUUUUAAAUAAGUUCAUCCUUCCUGGGUGCCUUUCUCUGCCUAUUGGUCUUUGAUAAUCUCUUAAAAGCCCUGAGAGCAUCCAACAAGGCUUUGUCAUGGCCUGUUCCUGGGAAAGAAAUUCAUGGAUCACAACUUUCCAUAAUGAGUGACACUCCUUUUGUGGUUGUCUCUGCUACUUGAGGAGCCUUCCUUCCUGGUUCUUUUGGUUUGCCAAGUCCUUGAAGAUAUUUAGUCCAUCCUUCAAUUAACCAGUUAGGGUAGACUUGGCAGAAAGGGCUUGGCCUCCUUGAACUAUGGAAGAGGAUAAGGUAAGGUUGCUGAGGACACAACGCCAAGCUGUGUGGUCUUGGGCUUGAUGGUGGGAGAAGACGUGGAUACUUAUUGUGAUUCUAGAGCUUCAGAAUCUCCUUGAUGGCCUCUCACAUUGGAUGAAACCCACUUGGCCUGUGUUUUUGCAAGGCCUUAUGUGGCCAGUAAAAUCUCCCAAGAUCUUCCCAUCCCCAUCCCACCAAACCCAGCAUGGGCUAGGGGGUUUUUAAUGGUCACUCCAGUUCUCUUGGAAUAAUCUAGAAAAACCAUGGUUCUGGACCCCAGCAGGCUGAUGUGGGCUUGGGCAGUGCUCCUGGAUGCACAUCUUGUUUUCUCAAUCUGGUGGUUCUCUGGAUAGAAAAGUCGCGGCCUGUAUUGUUCUUUGGGCUGUAAGAACUAAACAGUGAUUUGGAAGUUGCUUAUUAGGGAAUUUCCAGAAUAGAGCUGAGAGCUACCAAAUGGUGGAGGAGGAUAACAGGGGUGGGGAUGCCUUUUAACAGCCAUCGUCCAUGCAGUAAAAAUUCAUGAACUUGACUCAGAGGAGAGAUUAGGCUUUUCUGCAGAGCUAUUUCCCUUACAUUCGGUUUUUGCAACCUUGGUAGUUUUACACUCCAAAGCAUUUUAGAAGCAUUGAGAUGGAUGCAAAAGUAAGACAGAAAGCUGUAAAAACAGGAAGCAGAGACUUAAAAGGAAAAUAGUUGGGGGCCCUAGAACCUCAAUGACAGCCAAAUGCAUCACUUUUUGUUGGUGAAAAAUAAGUUCAUGAUGAUGAAAUUCUGUCUUAAAAGGAUAAGGGGAUGGAAAAUGGAAAGUUCUACAUAUUGAAACAAAUUUUUAAGUGUUGGUGCUUUAGACUGUCUAAAUGUAGUGUUUAUGUGAAAAUUAUAGUUUUCACUUGAACCUUAAAUUAUCAAUAAAAAAAAAUCACCUUUCGGGAUUCAUACAAUGAUAGAAAUGCUUGGUCAUGAAAGUUGACAUAAAUUCCUCCUUUUGCCAGGCAACUGAGUCAGCCAACAGGUCCUGCUGAAAAUGCCCAAGUCUUAAAUUUCUCCUCUUUUAGAAUGAAUUAUGUAUUUGUCAAUUUAUCAUUAAUAAGACUAUCUGAGGUCUUUAAGAAGCCCAUUAAAAGACUUAAGCCACAGUAUAUUAUUUUGUAUAAAUGGUUAAAAAAACCACACACACACACUCACCCACCCACCCAGAUUAUGUGGAAAGUAUCAUCUUAUAAUUUAGAGGAAGAGACAAGUAGAUAAAGCUAGCCUGUGUUCUGUUUGUUUCCUUCAUUUCCUAGGCCAAUGAAUUCUUUAUGUAAGUGUAAUAAUGAUAAUAAUACAAAUUCAUGUAUACAUGUAUACGUUUUUCUUUAAAGGUUUUUUUUUUUUGGUUUUUUUUUUUUUUAAACGUUGACACCCUUGACAUUUGGGACCAAAUCAUCCUUUGUGAUGGAGGCUGUCCAGUGCACUGCAGGGUGUUUGGCAGGGUCCCUGCCCUAGACCUACGAGAUGCCAGUAGCACCCUUCCCCCUUGUAUAACAGCCAAAACUAUCUCUAGAAAUUGUCAAAUGUCCCCUGGGUGGCAAAAUUGUCCUUGGUUGAGAACCACCGCUUUAAAGCAAAAUGUAAGCACUUUUCAUAUGAUUACCUAAUCUCCACUGGCAUUGACUGACUGACAGAUUUUUCCAUCGAGCUGAUCAACCAUAGAUUAAGCAUUCCUCUAAGCUGGGCAUUUCAAUGGAAUGUGCUUACAAAUAAAGCUCUCAUGAACAUCUUCAUGUUGUUAAUCUUUUCUUCCUUUAAUUCAGAAACAGUUCCUUAGGUUCAAUUCCCAGAUAUGGAAUUAGUAGGGUCAGUUCAUUUAGCAGGAUGGUAAAAUUGUAAAACCUUGGCCCUUCAGCAGAAGCCUGGAAACGGUCAUUUUGGAGACCCUUGGCAUAGUCAAGCUUCCCUCCCCAGCCCAUGAAGGAUCUGGGAUGCUGUUGCCUGGGGAGAGGAACCCAGCAUUUCUUUUCUGGGUACAUAAAGCCCACUUGCAGACAUUUCACAGAAAAAUGAAGUGAUAAAAGUGGUGUCAGAUGGUUGUGGGAAAGCAUUUGUCUAGCCACUGCUGUGCAAAGCUGUCGGAAACAUUAUACAUAAUUUAAAUAAUUAGGUAUCACUGGCAGCAGAGAAAAUGACGAUAUUUAAAAGAAAAUGUGUUUAUCCAGAUUUGACUUCCUGGAUGGGGGAAGCUUCAUGCACUGGGUGCUGCUGGGGAUGCCCCUGGAGUGUGGCAGAGAAGUGGGGGCGUAGCGUGGGGU